GCCCGGCCCCACGUGUGGUCCACGGAACCCGCGGCGCCCGUUGCUAGGCAACCAGGUCUCCGGUGGCUGCUGCUCUCAGCCUCCAGCCGUUUCCCGUUUCCCCGGGCGCCUCUCAGACUCCCGCCCUCUGGACCCCGAAAAGCAGGCCGAAAGGAGAAGCGAGAGCCCGCCACGCCCGAGCUCCCUGCGGCUCCACCACCCGACCCCUCUUUUCCCCGCGGAGACUGGGCUGCCCAGGCCUGAGACCGCCGCCACCAUGAGUCUGGGCAUCAUGGAGGAGGAGGACCUGGCCGAGUACUUCCGGCUGCAGUAUGGGGAGCGGCUGCUCCACCUGCUCCAGAAGUUCCCCCACAUUGAGGAGCAGUCAGACUCCCCAUCUAUCCAGCUCCUGGAGAAGAAGAAGGAGGCCAAGAUCAUGCACCAUGCCAUGUUGCAUAAGAAGGAGACAUUUCAGCGGAGAAUGGAAACUCUGAACCUGCGCUGGGAGGAGCUGGGCGUCAAGGAGACCCAGCUGAAGGCCCACAUUCAGAAGUUCGAGCAGUUCAUCCAGGAGAACGACCAGAAACGGAUCCGCGCCCUGAAGAAAGCCAACAAGGAGAGAGACCUCAAGAGGCAGCGCAUGCGUGAGCUGGCCAAGGCCAAGCAGGAGAUGGCGGCCCUGCGACUACAGCACCAGCGGCUGAGCGCCAAGCUGCAGAACUACUCCAUCUUCAACAAGUACCUGGAGAAGGUGGUGGAGAACUCCGAGUUCGAGGAGAUCCACGAGGUGAUGGCGCGGCACAAGACGCUGGUGAGCAUGCACCAGGACCUCAUGCAGUCGGCGCAGGAGGGCCAGGAGAAGAUCGAGCGCGCCAAAGCCCGGCUGGCGCGCUACAUGGAGGAGAAGGACGACGAGAUCCUGCAGCACAACAACGAGCUGGCGCGCCUGCAGAUGCGCUUCGACCGCGCCCGCAGCGACGUCAUCAUCUGGGAAUCCCGCUGGGCGCACAUCCAGAACACCGCCGCCAAGAAGACCCUCUUGCUGGGCACCAUCAAGAUGGCAACGCUGAACCUCUUCCAGAUCGUGAGCAAGCAGCUAAAGGAGACGACCUUCGUGUCCCUGGAGGACACGCACAAACAGCUGGACAUGAUCCAGCAGUUCAUCCAGGACCUGUCGGACAUCUGGGCAGAGGUGAAGAAGAAGGACCAGGCGCCGCAGCAGAUCCGGGUGUAAGGAGCCGCGUGAGCAGAGACGGAGAGAGAAGUUCCCGGUGAGCUGGCGGCCGGUCCACCCGGUCCAGCCCUCUGGGACCAGCGCCUUUCUGCUGGCUGACACCCUGCCGGGUUUCCCCGGGGGCCUCCACCCAGCCCUCGCCUGCACACAUUAAAUUCUAUGAGAAAUUUGU